AGCACUUUGCUUCCACUGUUUUAUAAGCUGCAUUUGCAUUUCAAAAGAUUCCAACAUGCGUUACGAUAAUGAUAUGCACCACUGCAAAUGGGUAACAGACAUUUGUUCCCAAUAUUUUACAUGGUGCUAAGAAUGUCUCCAGUUGUUCAUGUGAUUCUCACCUCUUCGUAUCUUAAAGUGUUAAGUAUAAGCAAGAGAAACAAUUUUAAAGUAAUAAGAUUAUAAAAAAUAAUUGGAUCAAAUACAUUGAGAUUAUAAUUUUAAAGAAAGUAGAAGAAAUGUAUACUAUCUCGCAUGUUGUAAUAGCAUGGCUCACUUUCGUUGUUCUCCCAAGCGUCAAUGGCUUUGGAUACAGUAAAAGAGAACAGCACUUGUGGCCGCAGAAGCAUAAAUUAUGUGCGGGAAAGCUGCAAUCACCGGUGGCUAUAUCUACGUCCAAAGCGAUUCCUCUACCACUUCCAGCGCUCGAAAUGAUCGGCUAUCAUGAUUUUCUCCCGACGCCACAGAUUUUGACAAAUAAUGGACAAACCGUUAAGCUUACCGUGAGCAAGAAUGCGACACGGGAACGAUUACCGUACAUAUUCGGUGCUACAUUGAAACAAAAUCAACAUUAUGAAAUGGAACAACUGCACUUUCACUGGGGUAUAAAAAAUAAUAGGGGUGCCGAACACGUAUUAAAUGGUGUGAGAUAUCCAAUGGAAAUGCAUAUUGUGCACCGCAAUGUGGCAUACUCGAAUCUUUCACAGGCCACACAGCACGAGGAUGGUGUGGUCGUGGUAGCCGUUUUUUUUCAUUUGCAAGAUGAACACAACGAGUUCUUCCAGGCUCUCGCGAGCAAAUUAGCAGGCGUGCAAUGGGCGCGUACAGAGCUACCAGUCAAUAUGUCUAUAACUCUAAUGUCUCUGAUACCAUCAAACACUGAUGUUUUUUACACUUACAAAGGAUCUUUUACAACACCGCCUUGCAGUGAAGUAGUCACCUGGAUAGUCUUUGCUACCCCAGUCCCGAUAUCUUUCCGUCAAAUGAACACGUUCCGGGUACUUUCAAAUGGUGAGGAAACAUUAGGAGACAAUUUUAGGCGCCUACAAGAUAUCGGUCAACGUAAGAUAUAUAUUAGAAGAUUAUAUUCAGCAUUCUCGAACAAAUACAAUGAUUCACGAUUGAAUUUGACAAAUUUAAGUUGGUUUUGGUUGUAACAUGUUUGAUAAAGAUAGGGUGAGCUCUAUUUUUAUCCAUUAUAGUUACAAUAAAAAUUACAAAAGUUAUUGUUAUUGC